AGGAGACACACCUCUGGACUUCUGAAAGGGUUAGUCCAUCUGGGGCUGGCUAUAAAAACGCUAUUGGCUGUUACUUGGCGUGGCCAAAGUACACCCCAAAUGUCUUCUCUCUCCCUUCAGUGCAUUUGUUAUCCUGGCUGAAGGGCAUUCGGCAGCCGUCCUAUCGUACAGACCAAAGAUGGAGCAACAGAAUCUGACCAAGGAGGAAGGGAGGCUGACACUCGUACUUUUACUGGCAACGCUGAUAGCCGCAUUUGGGUCAUCCUUUCAGUAUGGGUACAACGUGGCCGCCGUUAACUCCCCUGCCGAGCUCAUGAAAGCAUUUUAUAAUGAGACCUACUAUGAACGCAACAAUAUCUAUAUAAAUGAGUUUUCCUUGACAUUGCUGUGGUCUGUUUCUGUGUCCAUGUUCCCCUUUGGAGGCUUCAUCGGCUCCCUCAUGGUCGGCCCCUUGGUGAAUAAACUUGGCAGGAAAGGGACUUUGCUCUUCAACAACAUCUUCUCCAUUGUACCCGCGAUCUUAAUGGGGUGCAGCGAGGUUGCCCGGUCAUUUGAGAUGAUCAUUGUGUCCAGACUUCUGGUGGGAAUAUGUGCAGGUCUGUCUUCCAAUGUUGUCCCCAUGUACCUGGGGGAGCUGGCCCCCAAAAACCUGAGGGGGGCCCUGGGGGUGGUACCUCAGGUCUUCAUCACUGUCGGCAUCCUCGUGGCUCAAAUCUUUGGUCUUCGGAGCCUCCUCGCAAACAAAGAGGGCUGGCCGAUCCUCCUCGGCCUGACCGGGACCCCGGCGGCCCUGCAGCUCCUGUUCUUGCCUUUCUUCCCCGAGAGCCCCCGGUACCUGCUGAUUCAGAAGAAGGAUGAAGUAGCUGCCAGAAAUGCGCUGAGGAGGCUGCGCGGCUGGGACGACGUGGGCUCGGAGAUGGAGGAGAUCUGGCAGGAGCACGAGGCUGAGAAGGCCGCGGGCUUCAUCUCGGUGCUGAAGCUGUUCAGCAUGAGGUCCCUGCGGUGGCAGGUCAUCUCCAUCAUCAUCCUCAUGGGCGGCCAGCAGCUGUCGGGAGUGAACGCGAUCUACUACUACGCAGACCAGAUCUACCUGAGCGCGGGGGUGAACGAUCAUGACGUCCAGUAUGUGACAGUGGGCACGGGGGCUGUCAACGUGCUGAUGACCAUCUGUGCCGUGUUCGUGGUGGAGCUCUUGGGGCGGCGGGUCCUACUCCUCCUGGGCUUCUCCGUCUGCUUCACGGCCUGCUGUGUGCUCACGGCCGCUCUGGCCCUGCAGGACACAAUAUCCUGGAUGCCUUAUGUCAGCAUCGCCUGCAUCAUCUCCUAUGUCGUAGGACACGCCCUUGGGCCCAGUCCCAUCCCCGCGCUACUGAUCACGGAGAUCUUCCUGCAGUCCUCCCGGCCGUCUGCCUUCAUGGUGGGGGGCAGCAUCCACUGGCUCUCCAACUUCACCGUGGGCUUGAUCUUCCCCUUCAUCCAAGUGGGCCUCGGACCUUACAGCUUCAUCAUUUUUGCCGUGAUAUGUCUCCUCACCACCAUCUACAUCUUCCUGGUUGUCCCCGAGACCAAGGCCAAGACAUUCAUGGAGAUCAAUCAGAUUUUCACCAAGAUGAAUAAGGUGCCAGAGGUGCACCCAGAGAAGGGGGAACUAAAGGACUUUCCAGUCUCUGCUUCAGGGCAUAACUCGAGCAGAGGAGCCUGCUAA